AUGUGUCUGUGUUUAUACUUCACAUGUUGCAAACUACGAUAUUACAUGUUGCCGGUAGUGGUGUACGUACUAUCCCAGACCGAUAUCAUUAAGUAUAUUCUAUCUAAGCCAUACUUAAGAAAUCAGAUUGGGAAUUGGGCGAUUGCUAUGUCCGAGUUCACAUUAGUGUACGUUCCCCAGAGAGCAGUGAAAGGACAAGUGUUGGCCGAUUUCUUGGCCAAUCAUCCUGGUAUUUCCCUCAGGGAGGAAACGAUUAGUUGCUGCGACAUAGCCAUAUGGGAGAUGUGGUUCGAUGGGUCCAGAACUAGCCAGGGGGCAGGCGCCGGAGUACACAUCGUCUCGCCCUUGGGGGGACCUUACCGACUGUCAUUGAAACUCCAAUUUGAGUGUACCAACAAUCAGGCAGAAUAUGAAGCCCUAAUAUACGGUCUCGAGAUUUUGGCCGAACUGGGGGCAAAGGCAAUCAACGUUAGGGGCGAUUCUUUGUUGAUCAUCAAACAAGUAAUUGGAGAAUUCAAAUGCGAGUCCGAAUUAUUGGUAAGGUAUUGCAACAAGGCGAAACACCUCAUCAAAGGCUUUCAAGAUACAAGGAUAGAAUACACCGAAAGGGCCGAUAAUGUCGUCGCAAAUGAUCUAGCUCAGCACGGUAGUGGAUACAAGAUGAGUCUCCAUUUGGAUGCAAUCGAAAAAGAAACGCCGAAUCUCCAUACUGGGGGCAUCACCAUCAAUGAAAGGAUAUUUUCGGCUUACCAACUGGAUGUUACCCAAGACUGGCGAACUGAAAUCUUAAACUGGUUUGAGAAGCCAUACCAUACGAAUAGGAGGUUAAGGACCUUGGCCCUAAACUAUGUUGUCUUAGCAGGCGAUCUAUACAAAAAGGGCUUUGAAGGACUGCUUUUCAGAUGCAUCGGCCCAAAGGAAGCGAUGCUAGCAAUGGCCGAAGUACAUGAAGGGAUAGCUGGAGCUCACCAGGCGGGCCCUAGAAUGAGAUGGCUGAUCCAUAAAUACGGCUUUUAUUGGCCGAAGAUGGAACAAGACUGCAUAAGAUAUGCUAAGGGGUGCGAAGCCUGUCAGAAAUAUGGUCCUAUACAGCAUGUCCCGGCCGAAGAACUGCACUCCAUUAUUAAGCCAUGGCCAUUUAGAGGAUGGGCGGUCGACCUCAUAGGUAAGAUAUAUCCUGACUCAUCAGAUGGCCAUACUUUUGUUAUCAUCGCCACUUGCUAUUUCACCAAAUGGGUCAAAGUAAAGCCUCUGAAAUCGCCCAUGCAAGAGGCUGUGAUUAAAUUCUUUAAGGAAUACAUCGUCCAUCGACACGGGUUGCCUGAAUCGAUAACCACAGAUCAAGGAACGAUGUUCACAGGAGGCGAUAUAGUUUGGUGGGCUUCUCAGAUAAAGAUCAAGAUGCUUCACUCAACACCAUACUACGCGCAAGCCAACGGACAGGCCGAAGCAACGAACAAGGCUAUUAAACUUGUCGUCCAGAAGAUGAUUGAGGAAAACCCAAGACCAUGGCACGUUUUAUUGUUAGAGGCAGUGUGGGCGAAUAGAACCAGCCAAAAGUCGGCCACAGGAACUUCACCUUUCCGAAUGGUGUAA